GCAGGAUCCACACUAGGGACAUGGAGUUCGGCCCGAAUGUGGGCUGUGAAUCCUUGCUGAAUGAACUUUGACGAGCGUGAUGGCCGAGCACAAGUGAUCGCAAGCACCAAGACAAAGAGGCCGCCAUUUCUCUGGUCCCAGGCCAGCCUGGCAGAUUGGUGGGCCUGCUAUGCCGAGAAGCUGGAAGGGGCCAACGAGGGCCCCGAAGAGGGUGAGGGCAUGUGCCACGCCUGUUGCAGCUUUUUGGCAUGCUUCCUCUACAUCGGCCUGCUGGGCCUCAUCCAAGAGUACCUCCUGCCUGGUCUCAGCGAAGUCUAUGAGGUGCCGUUGACUAUAACCAGUGCUUCCUGGGGUGCUGCUGCCGUUCACGUCUUUUGUACCUGGCACUUCCCCGGUGCACAGCCGAAGAGCGUUGUCCUGGGGAACGUCAUAGGCGCUGGCGCUGGGCUGCUGGCCUCCAAGGUGCCGCUGUUGCCCCUGAAGGCUGCCCUAGCCGUGGCCCUGACGGUGGCUGGGCAGGAGCUUACGGGUACGGUGCACCCAGCAGGCGCAGCAAAUGCACUGCUCUUGGUGGAUGAGGAGUACAUCUCAUGGCAUGCCUUCGGCCUGAACAUCUCUGGCUCUGUGUUGAUCGUCGUAGUAGCUUGUCUCUUCAACAACCUAUUCAACGACAGAUUCUACCCACAGGCAUGGUGGCCAGCGCUGCAGCCACCUGACGAAGCUCCAGGCCAGCGUCUGGUGCCCCCCUCUGCGGGCUUCCUCGUCCACGCGCCCCAAGAGUGGCUGAAGGUCUACCUGCUGAAGCUUGAGGGUGGACAUGCGCUAGGCCCCACUCAAGUCUCCAAUGCCCACACCUGCUUCAGUUCUUUGAUCUCCUUCCUCUUCAUGCUGUGUAUCGCCGUCAUCAACGAGGCCCUGGACUUCGAUCCGGCCGCGCUAAUGGCCGCGGCAGCCGCAGCCGUGUCUAUCUUCAGUGACUGGAGAGGCCCCUCCUCCCAGCCCUGGCCCUGUCUGGUGGGUUCCUUGCUGGCGGCCGCCUGCGGCGCUCUGACGGCGGAGGUGUUGCACUGGAUGCCGAUCACUGCCGCUGGCCUGGCCGUGGGGCUCACCGCUGCAGCGCAGGAGCUGGCGGGCGCGGUGUUCCCUGCCGGUGGCGCCAUCGCGCUUGUCUUUGUGGUGAGUCCGCAGCGUUCGCCUAUUUGGAGCUCGGUCUUGUACACUGGGCUGCUGAGUGCUUCCUUGCUGGUCAUCUUCGGCACUCUGCUGAACAACCUGCAAGAGACAAGGCGCUUCCCACGGCGUUGGCCUUGGCAGCGCGGCGGGACCGCGCCGCAUUCAUUUCUGCCGCCUCUGGCGCGCCCUCGACAGUCGGAGCGCAAUUUGGUGAGAAGGUGGAUGGAGCUGGAACGCGGAAGUUCGCAGUAUUCUCAUGUUUAUGUGGGCGUGCUCACGGUGGCCUUGCAGUGCUUCUUUCUCAUCUUCCUGUUCUUCGCAGAGGUGGACAUGUCCAUGGAGACUAUCACUUCUAUGUGCAAUAGCUUGGCAUGGGCAUCCAUGCUGGUGCUGGCUGGCUUCGGCUACAUGCAGUCCUUCCUCAAAGCGUAUGGCCUAGGUGCAGUGGGCUACUCCAUGCUCAUUACCUCAUUGGCAGUGCAGUGGUCCAUGAUUCUGGAGAGCCUUCUGGAUUUGAAGCCCCUCCACUUUGGCUUCAGCUCGCUAGUGCAGGGGUAUUCAGCGGCUGCUGCGGUGCUCAUCUCCUUCGGAGCCCUGAUUGGCAAGGUAGACCUGCUUCAGAUUCUCGCGCUUGUGGUCUUAGAGUUGCCUUGCUACUGCUGGAACAAAGUUGUUUUCCUGCAGCUGACUGCUGGCAACAAGCCGGUAGUCCACGACGCCGGGGGGUUGGAGGUCUUCCUCUUUGGCGCCUUCUUCGGGCUGGCGGCGGCCAGGGUCUUGGGCCCCGCGGAGAUGUCGUGGCUGAACCGCUCCCAGCGCAGCUCGGAGCUGCUUGCGCUGCUGGGCACUGCCUGCUUCUGGGCCUGCCUGCCGUGCUUCGUGGCAGCCCACGCAAAGCGGGUGGACACCAAGCCGCAUGCGUGGCUGAAUACAGUGCUGGCGCUGCUCGGCUCCACGGUGGCCGCCUUCGGCGUGGACCCGCUGCUGGAGGACGGGCGCCUGGAGCCUGCGGCCACGCGGGGCGCCGCGCUCGCUGGAGGGGUGGCCAUCUCAGUGGUGGCAGGCGAGGUUGAGCCCUUCAUUGCGCUGGCGGUGGGUUGCCUGUCAGGUGGCAUGGCCACGUGUGGCCUGCGCUUCGCCUCGCGGGAGCUGGACACCUGCGGGGUGCUCUUCGUGCACGGCCUGCCUGCCGUCCUGGGAGGGCUGGUCUCUGUGCUUGUGCCUAUCCUGGGAGGUGACUCUGGCAUAUCUGCAGGAAAUCAGGCGUUCGGCCUGUGUGGAACGCUUCUGCUGGCCUCCCUGUGUGGGGCGUGCUGCGGCCAGCUGCUGCGGUCCCUGCACUCGGUGCAGCUGGGCUUCAGCGACGAGCUGCGCUGGGCCUGCUCCGAGGACUUGCCGCGUGGCAUUCUGAGCCUCUAGUCCAUUUGGUGGUCUCAAACUGGGCUUGCUCUACACGGAGACGGUCUCCUUUGUGGUAUUCAAUUGCAACCCAUAGAUGUUUCCCAUCCUGAGACAGAACUAGUUGAUUAGAUAGAUUUCUGACCAAAGUGUCAGACAGUGAACUUGGUUAAUGUACCUCGUGCCGCUCAAAGAAGUUGGUGCAAGCUCGGCAGCGAAAGUGUUGCUGACAUACAUUGCAAAUGCUUUGACCGUUGUGGUCUUUCAAGCGCAGCUUGUGGUAGACAGUCAAAA